AUGACAAGACAGGCCUCCCGCUUCACCCCCGAGGUGAUGCUUUCGGCCCCGCGCCGUUCUCCCGGCGCUCCCAACUCCACCGGCGAGCUCAUUCUCUAUACUAUCUCGACGUAUUCAUUCGAGACACAUUCCGUGUCGUCACAGAUUCGUGUACUCAAUAUCAAGGAUGACUCUUCUCAUGUCAUCACCGACGACACGCAUGAUACCUCUCCUUUCUGGAUCGGGGAGAAAGAAGUUGCUUUCAUCAGGACACAAGAUAAUGGCAUAUCAUCGCUAUACUAUUCGGACGUUUCGCGAAAAUUCGAGCCUCGCAUGAUUCAAUAUUUCCCUGGAGGUAUCUCUGACCCAAAGGUCAAAAUCCUGUCGGAAGACAAGGUCUUGGUUGUUUGCUCCUCUCUAACCACGCCCAAGGGGGACAUGUAUUGGCAAGCAGCUCAGCCCAAGACCUAUACUUCAGCCAAAAUCUAUACCGGCCUAUUCGUUCGCCAUUGGGAUAAAUGGACUACCGAGAAUCGGAACUCACUCUGGUAUGGUGUGCUCAGCAAGAAGGAUGAUAAGUGGAAACUUGAGAAUUCUAGCCUCACCAACCUCUUGGAAGGUACUCAGCUAAGCUGUCCUGUCGCUCCCUUCGGUGGUGCGGGGGAUUUUGACAUUUGCGAAAAUGGGAUUGCUUUCGUUUCCAAGGAUCCCGACCUGAACCCAGCCCGAUACACCAAGACCGAUCUUUACUAUGUACCCAUCAAAUCUUGGACGGAGAAGGCACCAAAGCCCCAGAUCAUUAAGACCGGACGGCUACGGGGAUACAGCAGCACGCCAGUUUUUUCCAACGACGGAAAGAAGCUCGCAUUCGCGAGAAUGAAGAGCCAGCAAUACGAGUCUGACAAGCCGAGACUGUUGCUAAUUCCAGAUGUUACCGACUUGAGUAAUGUUCAAGAGUUUUACCAGACAGAUGAUGACGAGGGUGGCUGGGACUUGAGACCUGACUGGGUUAUCUGGAAAAAGGACGACAAGGAGUUAUAUGUCGCUGCUGAGAAGCAUGGGCGAUCGAUGCUCUGGAAGCUGCCAGCUGACACCCUCAAAGCCCGGGAUCUCCCUGAACCUAUCCACGAAGAUGACUCUGUCUUGGUAGCACACACUCUGGCUAACAGUGACUCUCUUCUUAUUACAACCCGAUCGCGCGUAGAAAGCUCGAGCUACGGUAUUCUUGACCCCGAGUCCAAGUCAGUUAAGGUGAUCUCAGCCAGUUCUAAGAAUGGUAAGACCUUCGGCCUCUCCAAGUCUCAGGCUACGGAAAUCUGGUACCCCGGAUCGGCUGGUUACGACAAUCAUGCUCUGGUAAUGCUCCCUUCGGACUUCGACAAGUCCAAGAAGUAUCCAUUGGCUUUCUUGAUCCAUGGCGGACCUCAGUCAGCUUGGACGGAUGAUUGGAGCACUCGCUGGAACCCUGCCAUCUUUGCUGAGCAAGGCUAUGUGGCAGUGUGCCCCAACCCGACAGGCAGCACUGGGUACGGACAAGCUCAUGUUGAUGCAAUUGCUGAGAACUGGGGAGGUGCCCCUUAUAAUGACCUGGUAAAGUGUUUCGAGUACCUGGAGAAGCACGUCGACUAUGUAGACACCGAUCGAGCAGUUGCGUUGGGGGCUUCUUACGGCGGAUAUAUGAUCAAUUGGAUUCAGGGUCAUGACCUAGGACGAAGGUUCAAGGCCUUGGUAUGCCACGAUGGUGUCUUUUCGACACAGAGCCAGUGGUCUACAGAAGAGCUCUUCUUCCCCGAGCACGACUUUGGCGGAACACUCUGGGAUAACCGUGCUGGAUAUGAGAAGUGGGAUCCCUCUCUGCACACUGGAAACUGGGCCACCCCUCAGCUGGUCAUUCAUAACGAACUCGACUACCGACUGCCUAUUUCAGAAGGCUUGGCCAUGUUCAAUGUUCUGCAGGCCCGCGAAGUGCCCAGCAAGUUUGUCAUGUUUCCCGAUGAGAACCACUGGGUGCUUAAGGCUGAGAACUCUCUUGUCUGGCACAGAGAGGUUCUAGGAUGGAUUAACAAAUACAGUGGUAUUUCUGACGAGGAAAUACUGGUGGACGAGACUAAGGAGAUGUCCGUAUAG